AUCAAUACUUGCAAGACAAUUGUCUUUAACAUGAAGGUCCUCAUCAUUUCUGCUCUUAUUGCCUUGACUCUGGCGGAGCCUCCGAGUUACCGGCAGCAGUUUCAAAAUAGAGAUAGAAUCUAUUAUUUCGCCAAACAGCAAGAAGUAGAUGCUCCAGAAGCUGCGGAUGCUCCUUAUGCCCCAUCUGGAUGGAGGCCAGAUGGACCAUCAUUUGAGUAUCCUCAGAAACAACAACAAUUAGCACCUCAACAACAAUAUGGAGAACCUGCUAAUCCUCAGAAUCAAUACGGAGCUCCAGCAGCAGUAGCUCCUGAAAGCCAAUAUGGAGCUCCAGCAACAGUCCCAGAAAGACAAUAUGGAUCUCCAGCUGCAGCUCCUGAAAGUCAAUAUGGAGCUCCAGCUACUGCACGACAAAGACAAUUUGAAGCUAGAAAACAAUAUAAAGCACCUCAACAGAAUUAUGGAGCACCACAGUUCGCUACAGAAUCUUCAACUACUACUAUUGAUGAUGAAGAACAAACAACUUUCUCAACUGCUACUGAAUCACAGGCCGAACCAGUUGAUUCUGUUAAUGAACUCGAUGAUGAGGGUAAUGUUGAUGAGCAAAGUAGACAAGCUGGACAAUACUUCAUCGCCCUUCCCGACGGACGCCUCCAACGUGUUCAGUACGUUAGCAGACAAGAUCUUGAAGCUAUGAAAUAUUUCGCUAAAAUCCGUGCUGAGAAUGUCGAACCUCUUCGUGGACCAAUUUACGCUUAUCAACCACUUCAGAAACUCCAAUUUGCUCCAGCUCAAUUGGAAGUCGUUGCAGAGCCUGCUAUUCCUUUUACAGGCUUUGGAGCUCGAGAAAACACUGUAGCAAAUCGAAAGAACAAUCCAGCAACACCAGCUAAGCUCCAAGUUCAACCCGUGGCUGCUGAAAUACCAGCUACUCCUCUUACUUCAUCACUCUCUGGCUACUCAGCCAAUUAUCAAACUCCCUCAGCUGAACAGAGAUUUCUCAUAAGUUUUUAAAGUAUUCCAUAAUUUCGAAUAAAAGUUUUAUAAAUGUACACUACUUUGUCAAUUAAAAAUUUUAAAAAUUGAUCAGUCA